AUGGCUAAUGAAUGCAGCGAGUGUGAGUUAGAAACAGAAGCAGCAGUUGCCAUGUCAAGCUCCUUUACAGUCUUAGGACUAAAUCAUAAAGAAAUUACUCUGGCAGCUUCAUGUGAUCAUACAUCAAGUCUUCAUAUAGAAGAAAAUAUUCCUGAAGCACAAAAUACGUCAGUCUGGAGAAAGCAUAGCACCAAAUUACUUGCAUUUGAAGAGGGCUUUAAGAAGACAUCUGAGCUCCCUGUAAUAGCAAAAAGAGAAAAUUCAAACAGUGUGGCACAUCAUUCUGCUGCCUCAGGUAGCGUGGCAGUACUGGCUCAGAUCCAUGACGUUUCUAAUUGUCACAAAAGCAAGACAGAUGGAAAAUUGAAUAAAGUGAAUAAGAAAUUGCAGCAGUUCACUUGUCGAAGAACAGUGCCUAUGACUGGCAAAAAUGUUUGGCCUUUUGAAUCUUGUGCCAGGGCUUCUGAAUGGGUUCCUAAAAAUCGUGGGUCCAUCUCGGAAGGAAAAAGACUUCUAAGGGUUACCUUUGAGGAAUCCUCCAAUAAAAGCAGUGCUAAUGCUCUAAGGAAAGCAGUAAACGCUGGAAACCUGACAAAAUACAAAAUUCCUUUAUGCAGAAACAAAUCUCAACCCAGGAAACUGGAAUCUGCUCACUCGUUUGAAAGAAAAACCUACAGUCCACUAGAGCUUCUUGACAGCACUAGCAUUUCAAGGAGGCAGAAAGUGGGUGAGGGGACUUUGGUAAGUUCCAAGCAGCAGCCUCUUGCUGCUGUGAGUGAUGUUACAUCUACAGCUUCCAUGAAGAUAAAAGCGGAUGUUAUCAAUAGUAAGGACUUUAGGCAUGAUGGCUCUGAAGACCUUUCAGAUGAGAUGUCUGUGGUACCUGAACAUUCUCCUUUAUAUCCACAUGCUUUUCUUGCUGGACAACUAGAGUCAUCUGUGCCUGAUAUCCAUGGUACUGAAUGUGUACUAAAAUCUAAUUUUCCUGAUCAUUCUUGGAAUGCAGUUGACUGCCCUGUUGCAUUAGAAAUAAAUGAUGCUAGCAAAUCAGGAGUGAAUUUUUCACAACACAAAAGUCAAAGUUUUCCAGAUAUUCUUGAAGCUUACAAAGAAGAUGUUCUUGUCAUUGAUGUGAUUCAGGAUGACCCUGACCUUUUUGGAACGAAUAAUGAAGAGGAGCUUGCACUUGCAGAUUGUGAAAAUUGUCCCGUGAACGCAUCGUAUACUAGCAUCUGCAUUAAAGAUGCAAAGCAGGAUCUUGCGCCUGAGUGUCCUGUUAUCUCAGAAAAUGAAGAUUCAGUAGAUAAUAAUUUUAGACACAUUACCAUACAGGAACCUGGAAUGUCAAAUGAUACUGAAAAUUCCUGUGAUUCCAUGCUAAAAGCUACAGAUAUUAAAACCCACAACUCCUCCAGCAGAAGCAGUCCUUUGGGAGAUAUUAUUGGGGAAUUCCUUGAAGAUGGGCAACUGGGAGAACUAGAUGAACUUCUGAAGAGUUACGAUGUGGAUGAUAAGAUUAAAAAGAGUGCUGAGAGUGUUAUCCUGAAGGUUUCUCAUUCAGUCCAGCAGAUGCUCGAGAUGAUUGAAUUGCCCCGUAAAUACUGCAGAUUUUAUUUCAUGUCUUUGCGUGGGUGUGAAAGAGCAAAAUGUUGGUUUUGGCAUGUUCCUGAACAAGGAGAUGAAAAGAUUUGCAUGGCAAUACUUAGGACAUACAUUAAUAUCAAAGAAUCAGGCCUUCUAAAACGUGCAGUCCAAAUAUUUGUGAAAUACUACCGAGACAUUACUCCUGGUGUGGAUUUUGCUGCUCAAGUGCUGAAUGAUCUUCUCAUUUCUUUGCUCAAGAACUGUUUGUUGCAGGAAGUAUUUCAGAUAUUGAAUGUAACUGUACAAAUCAAAACACCGCCAGCUGUAGAUGUUCUUCUGAAAGUCUUUGAGCAUGUGACGACUUGGAAUCUGAGAGAUGCUGUGCCUACAUUAAUUAGUACCUUUUGUAAGCUCAUUGAUGCUGGUAUGUUCCUUGAGUUUGAACAUUUUGACCAUGUUCUUAAGUUCCUUCACCAGCUGCAAGUUUCCAGUCAGGAAGUAAAUAUUGUUUUGAACAUAAAAUCCAGAUUUCAGGAAAGACACAUGGAAAAAAACUGGCUUUUUGACUUCAACUUGGCAGUGGCUGAAAUACAGCAUUGCAAGGAAAAAAGUGAUUGGACCAAGCUGGGAGCUUUGUAUGUUAAUGUGAGAACUGGAUGUGAACAUCUUGAUGAUGUUCAGAGGUUGUCUUUAUGUAUUGCUGAAACACUAGCCAGAGAUUCUGAAACAGAGAAACCAGGAGUUCCUUUUUGUGAUUUUGCUGAUGCAGUAAUACAAAAUUCACAGCAUAAUGAAGGAGACCGAAUUUUCAUUGGAAGGACUGGGAUAAGUGUAAUGUGUUCUUAUCACAAAGUACUGCAGUGGAUAAAGGGAAGGAAGGUUUUGGAUAAAUUGCAUGAGCUACAGAUACGUUUCACAGUCUUGAAAGGACUUAUAGGUGCAGAGAGUUUAGCAUCAAGAUGUCAAAUUGUUAAUAAAGCUGCAGAAAUUUUUCUGAAAACUGGGAGUUUGGAUGGAGCAACGUGGGUAUUGAGAGAAUCAGAGUGGACCACAAAUUCACCAUUGUGGCCCUGUGAUAAAAUGGACAUCCUCAAUCGACAUAAUCUGUUAUGUACAUUAGUGCACAAAUACUUGAGGAAGAAUUUAUACAGGCAGGCGUUUGAAGUUCUGCAGAACUUACCAGGUUUUCAUAAUCAUUCUGAUACUGUAGGUGUUUCUCAGUACAGCUGCCUUUUUAACAAGCUGAUAAGUGCCUGUUUUGAGAGCAAGAACCUUGGGGUCUCAUCUUCUGCAGUAGACUUCAUGCUUUCAAAAAACAUAGCUAUUGAUUUUUUUUUACUUAGAGGAUUAAUCACGGCUUUGGGAAGAAGUUCUUUGUGGUCCAAAGCUAGGACAUAUUACAAAAGUGCUUUAUCAUUGGGUUGCUACCCACCACUGCAAGGAAAUUUAUAUCACAAACUUUUGAAGAUUCCAUUUUACCUAUCUGAGGUUGAGAUGCUGUUGGCAAUUGAAAUAUUUCUUGUUUCAAAUGCCAGUGAUAUUCAAAGUCCAAUGGCUACUACUCAGACUCUUCAAAUAAUACUGAAAAGAUGUGACAAUCAGGCACUUCAGAAUAACAGUGACUAUCAAGCGGCAGCGGAGAGACUAAUCGUGGCUGCUCGUCUGUCCGAUCCGAAGCUUUUUCUUAAGCACAUGACAAUGAAUGUUAAUAUGGAAGAAGUUUACAGCUUGGAGCUUACAUCUGCUCUAAAAUGGCUUCAGGAGAAUAUGAAGUGGGCUGGGAAGGUCUGGCUAUUUCAGCAGUCAUUAACUAGUAAAGAUUACUUUGGUUUUUAA